AUGUCUACGCGGCGCCUGGAUACGAAGCAUCUACUCCGAUUCAUGUUUCCUGCGCUACCAGAAUGCUACAACUUUAAGACCUAUCGAGCGACCGCAUCAGCUGCAGGCGGAGAACCCGGCUCCGGAGCUGAAGGAUCUCGCUCUGGAUCGUUCCUGGGCAUCGAUUCUCUCGCCCAGCAACUGGAGUUUGCUGCGAGAUCAGUCCCAUACACCCAAGCAGUGGCCUAUUCGGACCGCUUCCGGGUUGCCAGCAUUUUAUCGCAGGCCGGGCUAUACAAUGGGCAUUACCACCAACCUGCAGAAGUCAACCUCAUAAGCGCCGGCGCAAUAGCCAACUCCAGCGUCACUCUCCAGCGUCAGACCUCGGAUGCAAUCCAGCAGCAAGGCAACGGCUGGACUUUACAACGCGACGCCUACCAAGGUAACUACGGCACAAAGUACGCGACGUCCGCCUAUGUCGCACUAGAAGGUUACCAGCAGCUCACUCAGCACCAAGCGCUCUAUCCCGAGUUUGAGGGCCGCGGCUUCAGCAGCGUCUUUCACCUUGAACCAAAUGCCUCGCUGCUUGUCACGUUCAGCAGAAAGCCUCAGCUGAAAGAGGCAGGCUUCUGGAUUCUGACCGCUUACGGUGCCAAUCAAUAUCUCAUUGCGAACGUGCUCGAUCGAUAUGUGGUCAGCGACCGGACUUCCAGCUUGACCUUUCAGGAUAGUGGGAAGAUGGUCUAUGGGCCGGAUGCGGAUGAGCAGGAGGAUGGCGCUUUCGAGAUUUUGUUGCAGCCGGCUGACUUGCCGCCGCCGAAGAAUUGGACGAGCAAUUGGCUUCCUGUUGAGAGUUCGAAGGGCUGA